AUGUUAAAACCCGGCAAGCGUCCUCGGCUCCGGAGCUCCGUUUCUCGAGGACCUCCUAUGCUCGCCUCAUCUCUCUGCUUUGAUAACUCUGAUCCUGGAAACGCUACAACAACCAGUACAUCUGUCAUGCCUUCUUCUCUAAUAGCCAUCGGUAAUAUCUCAGAUAUUUGCGAUCAAGUCUCUCAUCCCAAGCAGUCGGGUCUGAGGCUUUAUGGGGAUUUGUCAGAUCGUACUUUGGCUGACAAACUGGCUCUUCGGCCCUCCAAUUUAUACCACACUACAUUGCAUGCACAUACCGACUACCGAGCAGAUGCUUUUCCUAUGGCUCAUAUCAGAUGUACUCCUUUACAGGCACACAUGCCUCAAUCUUGUUCUAAAACUAGCCUGAUGUCUUGUCUAGCAAUGGCGACAGCUACGCCCAUUCACGGAUCCAGAGCCUAUUUAGGCGCAGACCCAUCGGCACCAGUGGUUUUAAUAGAUCCAGGACUGGCGAUGCUACUUCGCGAGUCUCCACGUGUACGCUUACCAAGCAAUCCGAUGCAUUGGAGUCCGAUCGAUCUGGCCUCCUACCUUAGUGGCACCGACUGCCGAGAAAUGUGGCCAUGGCUAGCAGCCGAGGCCGUCGAUGGGCAAGCAUUCAUGCUUCUUACUUUGCCCAUCCUACACCGACUUGUUGGCCUUCAAUGGCAGGAUGCUGUCCGUCUGGCUAAGCAUGUUGUCUCAGUAAAACGCGCUUUUGUAGAGCAGUACGCAAAUUCCGAGACGGAGGCUAGCUCGCCUACCAUUGUCACUACCGCCAUUGCCUCAUUUACCAUGCCUGCCGUUACUACCACAACUUCCUCCCUCACAAUUUCUUCCGCCGCGAUAGCAACUUCUGCUGCGACCGUUUUUACCACUGCCACUUCAUCUUUCCCCGACUCUUUAUCCACUGGCAACUUUGUUAGAGCCGGCUACUUUACUUCCAGGUCUACUGGAAUUAUGAGUCAUCAAAUCGAGUCAAAUGAAAAUGGUACAAAUCCGAACGUUGGCCUCUUGGCCGCGACGGCCCUCAUAUCUGGCCAGCCUACACUUCCUGCGACUCCAAAGUCGUUAGAGGUCGCUGCAGUCGUCACCGCCGCCUCUUCUCGUGUCUUUAGUUGUGGGGACUAA